GUAUUGUUAUUUUACUUGCCUUGUGCUGUGUGCUAGGCUGUAGGUUUAGAACAGUUUGUCAUUUGGUUUCGCAGCCUCCACACCCAAAAUUAAAUUCUCAAAAUGCCAAAUGUUCGCAAGUGUAAUGAAUGUGGUCAAACACACGCUGCCGGUGCCAAUGGCACCGUCUAUUGUACCGGGCCGCUGCUGCGUUCGGUGCAAAUGUCCAAUUUGUAUAAAGAAAGCAAAUACUUUGUCGACAUGAGUUGUCGAUAUUCUCCAGAGCGUAUCCUUGCCGACUACCAACUGUUUAGCUCCUGCAAGAAGAACGAGUCAUCGGUUAAGCAUCUUACAAAUUUCGUGGACAAUCAUUUCGAUCAGCCUGGCACCGAGCUGGAUUAUUGGUGUCCGCCAGACUACCGUUGCGAGCCAAAAUUCAUCGAGAAAAUCAACGAUCCCGCUUUGAAGAAGUUUGGCUCGGACUUGAAUCGCAUUUGGAAACAGCUGGGACGCAGUAUGAAGGAUUGUGUUAGGACAAGUCCUGCCAUGUACUCGCUAUUGUAUGUGCCGAACCCGUUCAUUGUGCCAAGCGGUCGGUUUAUUGAGUUCUAUUACUGGGACACCUAUUGGAUUGUGCGAGGUCUGCUAUACAGCGGAAUGUUUCAGACGGCACGUGGCAUGAUUGAAAAUCUGCUGUAUCUUGUCAAACAAUUCCAAAUGGUGCCCGGCAGCAAUCGUGUCUAUUAUUGGGGUCGUUCGCAGCCCCCAUUGCUAAUACCCAUGGUCAAGGCCUAUGUGGAGCUUACCAGGGAUGAGCAAUUCGCUAUUCAGAACCUUCCCGCGCUCGAAGCGGAGAUGGAAACAUUUUUAAACGACCACUCAGUACAGGUUGAGGGCCGUACCAUGUAUCAGUAUCGCGAUAAGUCGACGGGCCCGCGGCCCGAGGCGUAUCGUGAGGACGAGGCGAUUGGCUCUUGUUUCAGUUGCCCGGAAGAAAAGGAAGAAGUCUACGGGCACAUAAAGGCUGCCUGCGAGUCGGGACAGGCCUUUAGCUCUCGCUGGAUUGUUUCAUCGAGUGGCAACAAUGUGGGAACCAUGGCCAACAUCAAGGCCGGCUGGAUAGUGCCAGUCGAGCUUAAUUGCAUUCUAUUUCGCAAUUGCAAAACGCUUGCGGAGUUCUAUACCCAGGCGGGAGACGAGGAAAAGGCGAAACAACAUCGGGCCACAGCCUGCAAGCUGAUCAAGGCCAUUACUGCAGUACUGUGGAACGAAGAGCGUGGCGUCUGGCUGGACUAUGAUCUCAAGAAUAGAAAGCCGCGUGACUUUUUUACAGUUACGAACCUUUCGCCGCUCUGGCUACACGCAUAUCCCAUAGCAGAUGCCGAGAAAAUCUCAAGGUCCGUUUUGUGUUAUAUUGAGGAGAAUAAGCUGGACGGCUUUCCGGGCGGCGUUCCGCACACAUUGAGCAACACUGGCCAAUUGUGGGACUAUCCGCAUGUAUUCCCACCGAUGAUGCUAAUGCUGAUCGAUGGCCUCAACAAUCUGGGCACACCCGAGGCCACCGCUAUGUCGAAGCGCUGGACAGAACGUUGGGUGAACUCCAACUACGAGGCCUACACUAAGACGAAUUUCAUGUAUGAAAAGUACAAUUGCGAGGAAUCCGGUUCAGGCGUUGGCAGCCCGGAUGGUCAGAACCAUACGGGCUAUGGAUGGACAAACGGAGUGCUCAUCGAACUGCUGGUCAGGUACGGCUGUGAGCUGAAGGCUGGCGGUGGCGAAAACGAAAAUGAUAAUGACUGCGGCUGCGGCAAUGACAAUGCGACUGCUGCUCUGCAAGAUUGCCCCAUAACUAGCGAGGCGUACUUGGAAAGGAAGGCGGCUGCAGAUGCCGAUGCGUAUGCAAAGAUGUGUGACGAGGCGAACGACCAAUAUAUGAAUUCGAUAGCGUGCUGUGGUGCGGCAAUGAUGGGUCAAGAUACCAUGAGUUUUGCUACAAGCGAACCUGGCCGGGCUCAGGGUGUAGGAAACAAUUACCAAAAUUUCCAAAAUCCCUACGAUCAAAGGGCUGGACAACAGCCUAAGCCAUUUUUCGAAGAUCCCGGCUGUGCAUGUGGAGAAGAUUUCCAAGACACCAAUCCUGCUCAGUAUGCUCCAAAUCAAACCGGUCGAGGUGUUCAGCAAUAUUCUCCUGAUCAGCCCUGUAAUGAAUGUCAACAGGCUGUUCAAGGUGGUCAAUAUGGUUCAUCUCGUCGAGCUAGUGCUCAGAAUAAUAAUGGUCAGGGUGGUCAAGGUGCUCAAGGUGGACAAGAUGGUCAAGGUGGACAAGGGGCUUCUGAUCAACCGUGUACAGAAUGUUAUGAAAUCGCUCAGAAUGGUCAAUAUAAUUCAUCUAAUGGAAAUGCUCAAGGCGCUCUGUACGGUUGUCCUCAAGGUCAAGGUGGGCAAGGAGGUCAAGGUGGUCAGGGAAGUCAAGGCGCUGAUCAAUCAUGUGCAGAAUAUCAGCAAACCGCUCAAAAUGGUCAAUAUACUUCAUCUAAUGGUAUUGGUGGUCAGUACGGUUGUCGUCAAGGUGGUCGAGGUAGUGAUGCUGGUCAAGGUGGUCCAGGUCAGGGUAUUCAGCAAUUUUCUGCUGGUCCACCAUGUGCUCAAAAAGCUCAGAAUGAUCAGAAUAAUUGUCCAGGUGGUCGAGGUAGUCAAAGUAGUAGAGGUGGUCAAGGUGGUCAAGCUGGUCAGGGUGGUCAAGGAUGUAAAGCAGCUCAGAAUAAUUGUGGUCAAGCUGGGCAAGGUGGUUAUGGUCAAUCUGGUCAAGGUGCUCAGAAUAAUUGUCCUCCAGGUGCGCAAGGUGCUCAGCAACAAUCUGCUGAUCUACCCUGUUCAAAAUGCAAGCAAGCUGCUCAAAGGGCUCAAGGAGCUCAGAAUUACUGCCCUCCAGGUGCUCAAGGAGCUCAAGGUGCCCAGCAACAAUUUGGUGAUCUGCCCUGUUCAAAAUGCCAGCAAGCUGCUCAAAGGGCUCAAUCUGCUCAAGGAGCUCAGAAUAAGUGUCCUCCAGGUGCUCAAGGUGGUCAGCAACAAUUUGGUGAUCUGCCCUGUUCAAAAUGUCAACAAGCUGCUCAGGCUGCUCAGAAUAAUUGUCCUCAAGGAGGCUCUCCAGGAGGUCAGCAACAAUCUUCUGACAUACCCUGUUCAAAAUGUCAGCCAACUACUAAACCUGCUGAGCCUGCUCAGUCUGCUCGAGCUAUACGAAUUGCUCAAGGUGGUCUAGGUGGUCCAGCUCCUCCAUGUGGUCCGACUCCUUGCAACGGCCAGCCCCAGCAGCCACAGCAGCUACAGCAGCCGGCGCAGCAACAACAGCAAUACCAAUCAGGUCAGGAGUGUCAGCAUUGUCAGCAAUACAUGCAACUCCAGCAGCCUCAGGAGAAACCUGCAGGGGAACUGCAGGAGAUAUGUUCAUAUUGUCAAGCUUGCAAGGAUAAAGCACUCGAAGAUCAACCCGCAAAUGUGAUGGAGCCACAGCCGAUUAUGAUUGAAAUGAACGAAGUAAAUUGUCUAUUAGAAUUGAGUCCAUCCGAACAGGAGGAAAUCAAGGCCAUGUGUCCAUGCGCCUCAAGAGAACUCAAAGAUGAUGAAGACAAUUCAGAUUGUGGAGAUGACGAAGAUUGUAUGUGUGCUGCAUCACAGCCCAAUCCCGUUACAGCGAAUAAACUGUUUCCACUUGCCGAUGAUUCUCCCUGCCCAUGGCCAGCAAAAGAAGAGCCUGAAGAGGAUUUGGGCUGUGCAUGUGACAGGGAAGCCCGUGCGAAGAAGGAGGCAUCAGAGUAGCAGAGUAUAGCAGAAAUUGAAACAUUUGACAGCAUUAUUAUUUUAUACAAAUAUUUAAUACAAAAUUAACAGUUAUAAUGCAUGCAAAAUAAACAAUA